CCUGUGGUAAAUUCAAUUGUUUGGACAUGAUUUGGAAAGGCACACACGUGUCCAUAUGAGGUCCCACAGUUGACAGUGCAUGUCAGAGAAAAAAAAGCCAUGAGGUCAAAGGAAUUGUCCGUAGAGCUCCGAGACAGGAUUGUGUCAAAGCACAGAUCUGGGGAAGGGUACCAAAAUAAUUCUGCAGCAUUGAAGGUCCCCAAGAACACAGUGGCCUCCAUCAUUCUUAAAUGGAAGAAGUUUGGAACCACCAAGACUCUUCCUAGAGCUGGCUGCUCGGCCAAACUGAGCAAUCGGGGGCGAAGGGCCUUGGUCAGGGAGGUGACCAAGAAACCGAUGGUCACUCUGACAGAGCUCCAGAGUUCCUCUGUGGAGAUGGGAGAACCUUCCAGAAGGACAACCAUCUCUGCAGCACUCCACCAAUCAGGCCUUUAUGGUAGAGUGGCCAGACGGAAGCCACUCCUCAGUAAAAGGCACAUGACAGCCCACUUGGAGUUUGCCAAAAGGUACCUAAAGGACUCUCAGAUUCUCUGGUCUGAUUAAACCAAGAUUGAACUCUUUGGCCUGAAUGCCAAGCGUCACGUCUGGAGGAAACCUGACACCAUCCCUACAGUGAAGCAUGGUGGUGGCAGCAUCACGCUGUGGGGAUGUUUUUCAGCGGCAGGUACUGGGAGACUAGUCAGGGUCGAGGGAAAGAUGAACAGAGCAAAGUACAGAGAGAUCGUUGAUGAAAACCUGCUCCAGAGCACUCAGGACCUCAGACUGGGGCGAAGGUUCACCUUCCAACAGGACAACGACCCUAAGCACACAGCCAAGACAACGCAGGAGUGGCUUCGGGACAAGUCUCUGAAUGUCCUUGAGUGGCCCAACCAGACCCCGGACUUGAACCCUAUCGAUCAUCUCUGGAGAGACCUGAAAAUAGCUGUGCAGCGACGGUCCCCAUCCAACCUGACAGAGCUUGAGAGGAUCUGCAGAGAAGAAUGGGAGAAACUCCCCAAAUACAGGUGUGCCAAGCCUGUAGUGUCAUACCCAAGAAGACUCAAGGCUGUAAUCACUGCCAAAGGUGCUUCAACAAAGUACUGAGUAAAGGGUCUGAAUACUUAUGUAAAUGUAAUAGAUCCGUUUUUUUUUUUUUAUAUACAUUUGCAAAAAUUUCUGAAAACCUGUUUUUCUUUGUCAUUAUGGGGUAUUGUGUGUAGAUUGAUGAGGGGGAAAUUACUUUUUCAUAAAUUUUAAAAUAAGGUUGUAAUGUAACAAAAUGUGGAAAAGGUCAAGGGGUCUGAAUACUUUCCGCAUAUCCUAACCCCUCAAAACCCUCAGUAACAUCUCUCUGUCCCCUCCCCGUUCCUCCCCACCCCCCCCCAUCCCCGUUCCUCCACCUCCCCCCCCCUCCAGACACCCUGAUCGGCACAGAGAUCACCUUGGUAACGGGUAACGACGUGGACUCCAGUCCGGCCCUGUCCUACAGCCUCCAGCUGGACGGGUCGUCCCAGGGGAAGUUUGGGAUCCACCGCUACAGUGGAGGGGUGUCUCUGACCGCCCCUCUGGACUACGAGGACAGGACCUGGUACACGCUAACCAUCAGGGCUACGGACUCCCAACACCAGACUGAGGCUAAUAUCACCGUACUGGUGGAGGACGUCAAUGAUAACGCUCCUGCGUUCACACAGGAUCUAUACCAGGUAACUGUUAAUCAAUCAGUUAAUCAAUCAAUUCACACGUUCCCGCGUUCACACAGGAUCUAUACCAGGUAAAUGGCUUUUAGGUGAUGAGCAAUCCAUCAACCAAUCAUUCUAACAAUCAAUCAACCAAUCAAUCUAAUAAUCAAUCGGUCCUCCUUCAUAACCCCACAAACACCCAGCUACAGUGGGGAAAAAAAGUAUUUAGUCAGCCACCAAUUGUGCAAGUUCUCCCACUUAAAAAGAUGAAAGAGGCCUGUAAUUUUCAUCAUAGGUACACGUCAACUAUGACAGACAAAUUGAGCAUUUUUUUUCCAGAAAAUCACAUUGUAGGAUUUUUAAUGAAUUUAUUUGCAAAUUAUGGUGGAAAAUAAGUAUUUGGUCACCUACAAACAAGCAAGAUUUCUGGCUCUCACAGACCUGUAACUUCUUCUUUAAGAGGCUCCUCUGUCCUCCACUCGUUACCUGUAUUAAUGGCACCUGUUUGAACUUGUUAUCAGUAUAAAAGACACCUGUCCACAACCUCAAACAGUCACACUCCAAACUCCACUAUGGCCAAGACCAAAGAGCUGUCAAAGGACACCAGAAACAAAAUUGUAGACCUGCACCAGGCUGGGAAGACUGAAUAUGCAAUAGGUAAGCAGCUUGGUUUGAAGAAAUCAACUGUGGGAGCAAUUAUUAGGAAAUGGAAGACAUACAAGACUACUGAUAAUCUCCCUCGAUCUGGGGCUCCACGCAAGAUCUCACCCCGUGGGUUCAAAAUGAUCACAAGAACGGUGAGCAUAAAUCCCAGAACCACACAGGGGGACCUAGUGAAUGACCUGCAGAGAGCUGGGACCAAAGUAACAAAGCCUACCAUCAGUAACACACUACGCCGCCAGGGACUCAAAUCAUGCAGUGCCAGACGUGUCCCCCUGCUUAAGCCAGUACAUGUCCAGGCCCGUCUGAAGUUUGCUAGAGUGCAUUUGGAUGAUCCAGAAGAGGAUUGGGAGAAUGUCAUAUGGUCAGAUGAAACCAAAAUAUAACUUUUUGGUAAAAACUCAACUCGUCGUGUUUGGAGGACAAAGAAUGCUGAGUUGCAUCCAAAGAACACCAUACCUACUGUGAAGCAUGGGGGUGGAAACAUCAUGCUUUGGGGCUGUUUUUCUGCAAAGGGACCAGGACGACUGAUCCUUGUAAAGGAAAGAAUGAAUGGGGCCAUGUAUCGUGAGAUUUUGAGUGAAAACCUCCUUCCAUCAGCAAGGGCAUUGAAGAUGAAACGUGGCUGGGUCUUUCAGCAUGACAAUGAUCCCAAACACACCGCCCGGGCAACGAAGGAGUGGCUUCGUAAGAAGCAUUUCAAGGUCCUGGAGUGGCCUAGCCAGUCUCCAGAUCUCAACCCCAUAGAAAAUCUUUGGAGGGAGUUGAAAGUCCGUGUUGCCCAGCGACAGCCCCAAAACAUCACUGCUCUAGAGGAGAUCUGCAUGGAGGAAUGGGCCAAAAUACCAGCAACAGUGUGUGAAAACCUUGUGAAGACUUACAGAAAACGUUUGACCUGUGUCAUUGCCAACAAAGGGUAUAUAACAAAGUAUUGAGAAACUUUUGUUAUUGACCAUAUACUUAUUUUCCACCAUUAUAAUUUGCAAAUAAAUUCAUUAAAAAUCCUACAAUGUGAUUUUCUGGAGAAAAAAAAUCUAAUUUUGUCUGUCAUAGUUGACGUGUACCUAUGAUGAAAAUUACAGGCCUCUCUCAUCUUUUUAAGUGGGAGAACUUGCACAAUUGGUGGCUGACUAAAUACUUUUUCCCCCCACUGUACAACAACAACAACAACAACAACAAAUAUUGUGCAAAAAUAUUUAGUUAUAUCAUAGAAGUAAUAUUUGUUACCAUAGCAGUAGUUUGUUUUAAAACAACAAGAUAUUAUCCAGUUCCCUUUAUGGUCCGUUUUCUUCAGCAGGUCUGUAGUAAAGGAAAGAAGGGGUCCUUGUCCCCUGGGGUUUGUCUCAAAUGGCACCCUAUUCCCUAAACAGUGCACUAUUUUUUACCAGGACCCAUAAGGCUCUAGUCAAAACUAGUGCACUAUAAUGGGAAUAGGGUGCCAAUUUUGGGACGCAGACUUGGUGUAACAGUAGAUUUAUGUCCCAAAGUCAUCUGUUGAAAGGGGCAGGAGAGAGGGGCGGGAGGUACCCACUAAACAUGUCAACCAGAAGGCGUUUAUCUCUCCAGGUCUUCACACCUAGUUAAACUUGAUAAACAGCAGGGAAAAUUAGCUUCGCAAAGUUAUGGAUCCCAGGAUACUCACUGCAUUAAAGCACCUGCACACACAUGAAUGCAAAUGCAGGCACGCACACACACACACACACACACACACACACACACACACACACACUACAUACGCCCACACACAUAACAUUCACCCACAUGCAUACUGAUCCCACACACACACACACACACACACACACACACACACACACACACACACUGAGGGUGGUGAUAAAAGUCAAGUCUAAUCACAACUGUGUCUGGUUUGCGGAAAAGGUUAAGAUGAGCUCAUAACAUUUACUGUUGUAAACAGGAUAUGACUUCAGCUUUAACUGCAGGUUAACAACAACAUAACGUUCACUACUGUAGACAGGAUAUGAAUUUCACUUUUAACACAGGUUAACAACCAUCUGCUGCGUUCCAAAUGGCACCCUAUUCCCUAUAUAGUGCACAGUCACCACAGGGCUCUGGUCAAAACCAGUGCGCUCUCCCUCUCUUUACUCUCUAUUUUCAUUCUCUAGUUUAGGAAUCAGGAACUCUGUUUCACCAGAGCUAGUGGUAUAGCUUCUAUUCAUUUGGUUAGAUUUCUGUUGAUUUUGUUGUGUUGUGUUGACUAUUAUGGGGUGUUUAAAGCUGUGUGUGUGUCUGUGUUUCUCAGGUAACACUGCCAGAACAUUCCCCGCCAGGCAGUCCCGUUGUCACGGUGACAGCGACUGACCGUGAUUCGGGGGAGAAUGGAAAGGUCACCUACAGAGUGAUGUCAUCGACGCGAGGUGGCUUCUAUGUCGACCCCAGCAACGGUACAGGAUUCAGUUCUCUUUCCUACCUGUUCACACACACACUGCUGUGCUGUUACCAUGGGGAAACGAUCUGCUAUCGGCAGGUAGCUUAGCGGUUACGAGCAUUGGGCCAGUAACUGAAAGUUCGCUGGUUUGAAUCCCCGAGCCGACUAGGUACAAAAUCUGUCUUGCUCCUGUAAGUCGCUCUGGAUAAGAGUGUCUGCUAAAUGACUAAAAUACAUUUUUUUAAAGGACUGAAUAGGACUGGCGUAUAGGUGAAGUCCAAGUGAAUGGGUUUCAAACCUGUGUUUUAUUCAAAACUUUUCAAAUGAUUUAUCUUGUUCCCCUACAGGCACCCUGUUCAUCAGGGGGAGGGCAGAGUUUGACCCAGAGAACCCGUCCGUCAGUGUGGUCAUCGAAGCCUGUGACGGGGGCUCCCCGCCCCUCUCCUCCGUCACCACAGUACAGGUCCAGCUAUCAGACGUCAACGACAACGCUCCCGUCUUCCACCAAUCAGAGUACAGGUAGGUCACAGCGAUCCCGUCUUCCACCAAUCAGAGUACAGAUAGGUCACAGCGAUCCCGUUUUCCACCAAUCAGAGUACAGGCGGGUCCUGUCUUCCACCAAUCAGAGUACAGGUAGGUCACAUUACUCCCGUCUUCCACCAAUUGGAGUACAGGUAGGUCCUGUCUUCCACCAAUAGGUGGCUGUCAUCUUUUUUUAUCAUGAAAAGGGUAGAUCAUACACAGAUUCAUUGGCUUUGAGCAGUUGCUGUAUCUAGCAUAUGCUGCCAUGUUUCAAAUGAGUAUAGUUACUCUAUAGAUACAUGAAGCUAAUAAAUACUAUACAUGUUAAUGUACCAUAUGAUAUGUUAUUGUUAAGUGUAACCAAUGAGUUGUUAUUGUGAUCCAAAUGAUUGAUUCUGAUAAUUGUGUUUCCAGGGCGACGGUGUCGGAGGACUCCAUCCCCGGGGCGACCAUUCUGACCCUGGAGGCGAUGGAUGCUGAUUUCUCUCGGGACAACUGUGGCUUCGACUUCGCCAUCGCCAGUGGCAACACUGGGAACGUCUUCCAGAUCGAGAGCAGCGUGCGCUUCCUGGAGGGGCGGGGCUUCCAGACCGUAGGGACUCUCCUAUUGGCCGAGGUGCUGGACUUCGAGGCCAUGCCCCUCUAUAACCUGACGGUGGUGGUGUCGGACAGAGGGGUUCCACAGCGGAGUUCUAGCGUUGCCGCGGUGAUAACCGUUGGUGACGUAAACGAUAACCCGCCGGCGUUCGGCAGGGCGGAGUACGUUGUGUCACUGAGUGAAGGAGCGGGCGCUGGAACAGAGAUAUUACGACUCACUGCCACAGGUGAGGGAAUAGCCCCCCCCCCCCCACACACACACACACACACACACAAAUACACAAAUUGACCGCCUCAGGUGAUGAUAAAUAGUUACACUAUGGGGUUAGAAAUUGAAACGGUGGAGAGGAGAUGGGGUGGUGAAAAUGGAGUCCCCCUAUCUUUAGUAUUAUUAUGCAUCUGCAAAGCAUCUAUUUGUUUUAUUAUAAACUGUGUUAAAUGCUUUCUCUCCGCCCGCCCGCCCCUCCCCCCUCCCUCACUCCAUCACUCCCCUCCAGACCCAGACUCGGCCCCCAACGCAGAGGUCCAGUACAGUAUCAGCUCAGGCGAUGAGAUGGACCUGUUCACAAUCGACCAGUGGACCGGGGCGCUGCGCUUACAGCGACCGCUCGACCGCGAGCACCAGUCCUCCCACGUGGUCAUCGUCCAGGCCUCGGAUGGCCGUGGUCACGUCGCCCUGGCCCCAAUCAGCGUAGAGGUCAAAGAUGUGAACGAUAACAGACCGUUCUUCCCCGUCGAGACUCUGACCGCUAGCAUCAGAGAGAACCAGCCGGUCAACUCAGCUGUGACCAUACUCCACGCCAUAGACCACGACACUGGGAUGUACGGCCAGCUGAGAUACUACAUGGUAGAGCGAGGUCAAGGGUCAGGAGUCACAGGGCGAGAGGCCUUCACCGUGGACCAAAGUUCAGGAGAGGUCAGGGCUAAGAUGACUUUUGACUUUGAGAAGGUCAACUCAUUUAAUUUCGUUGCUCUGGCGAUGGACGCCGGUAACCACUCGGCCACGGUGACGGUCCAGGUGUACGUGACCGGUGAGGAUGAGUACGACCCGCUCUUCGUCUCCCCAGAGUUCUCCUUCGAGGUUCCGGAGGGGGCGAAGAGGGGCCAGAGCAUCGGACAGGUCCAGGCGAAUGACGAGGACGGAGGUGUAGACGGUAUCGUCCUCUUCUCGCUCCCUAGCUCCUCCCUGUACUUUGACGUCAACAAAACAACCGGGGUGAUAUUCCUCAAGAUGGACGGGUCUUCUAGUCGCAGCAGCAGCGGGUUAGGGGGGCGGUCAAAAAGGGAGACCAGGACCAUGACUCUGGACGUUCACGCCCACAGCCCUCUGGACACGUCCCGUGUCACCACGGCCCAGCUGACCAUCGACGUGACCAACACGUCCUUCGGCCUGGGGGCAGACCUCAACGUCCUGCUGAUCAUCAUCAUCGCAGUGUCCCUGGGGGUCAUCGUGCUCCUAGUGGUCAUGGCUGUGGUCAUCUUUCUGGUCAAGUCAAAGAGACGCAGGAAGAACAAAGGACAGGACAACAGGGCCGUGGCCUCGGGAACCUCUCUGCAGAAACUGGACGAUUCCAAAUCUGGAGGAUCCGAGAGGAUCUAUCAUCAGACGUUACCAGGGUACUCUGGCAACCAGAGUGGAGCAGGGGCCGGGCCCUACACCCGGGGGGGCUCCCUUGACCCCUCACACUCCAGCGGGCGUGGCUCAGCCGAGGCGGCGGAGGACGAUGAGAUCAGGAUGAUCAACGAGUACCCCCGCGUAGCGUCCAUCUCCUCAUCCAUGCAGGAGCACAUCUCAGCCCGGGGGCCGGACUCUGGCAUCCAGCAGGACGCUGACCAGCUGUCUGACAUCUCCUGUGAGCCGGCCGCCCUGGAAGGAAGCACCUGGUUCAAAGGCAAGAAGCUGGGAGGGAGUCUCAGCGGAACCAUGCUGUCUGGACAGCUACCUGUCUACAGAGACGAGCUGGGAGGAGGGUACCUGGGGGUGGGGAGGGGACUCAACAUCUCCCAUCCUAAAGAUUACGCCUUCCCAGAGGACGGGAAGCCCUCGGUGGAUGGGUCUCUGACAGCCAUAGUGGCCAGCGACGAGGAGCUGAGGGGCAGUUAUAACUGGGACUACCUGCUCAACUGGUGCCCUCAGUUCCAACCACUAGCCAACGUCUUCACAGAGAUCGCCAGGCUCAAAGACGAGACGGCCCCACAGAACCAGACCAACCCGCGCCAGCCCUUCCAGCCCAAAGCCAAGACGGACCCCAAGCCUCGCAUCGACCCACCGCCCCUCAUCACCGCCGUGGCCCACCCCGGGGCCAAGUCCGUCCCCCCGAAGGUCCCUGUCAUCGGACGCACCUUCCCCCACCUGGCCACCCUACGACGGUCCCCCAUAAGCCACGAGGGCUCCAUCUCCUCAGCAGCCAUGUCCCCCAGCUUCUCCCCCUCUCUCUCCCCCCUCGCCGCCCGCUCCCCCGCCGUCUCCCCCUUCGGAGUCACCCAGGGCCCCUCGGCCUCCAUGAUCAGCACCAGGGACCCCUCGCUGGACCACAGCCCCGACCAUGAGAUGAGGAUCUGA